AUGAUGUCCGACUACAACGCGAAAGUGUUUCCGAAGAUGAUAGAGCCGCCGAACUGGAGCCCCGCCACGGCCAACCCCUUUUUUAAGGUCGAAGCUGAUCCGGGUCACUAUGGAGGAGGAUCCUACUCGUACCAGCUGCCGAACUUCAGUCAAUAUGUGAGUCUGAAGAUCCCAAGAGUUUUGCUGGUUAAACUUAUUUGUUUCAAAUUCAGAGCCCGAACCGUAACUACUACGGACACGCGAUAAAAGUGGAGCCGGAGACGUACGACACUUAUGGCGGGUACCCGUCUCAUCCUGCUCAGCACGCGUAUGUCGAUCAGGCGGCGCAAUGGCUGAAUGUUUGAGGAUACUUUAGAGAUUUAAAGCAAACAAAAAUGUUUUCAGACCUACUCCUCGUUGGCCGAAGUUCCGAGGAACUUGAAGUUGGUGAAGGUUGAGCCCGUGGACACGUACGCCCAAGUGCCGCACAAGCUGGAUCCAAUCAUGCCACACGAUGGGUGGAAUGGCUACGGCUACUUGCCUCCGGCCGCCAACCAGAAUAAGAAAGGCGUCCGGUAUCAGACUAAGGUGAGAAUAGAGGGAUCGUUUGAUAUAAGCUGAGAUUUUCAGACGAGGGCGAAGCAGAUAAAGACCGAGGACGGGGCUCCGCGUCCGAUGAAGGUCGAGGUUAGUUUUCUUCAAGAAUCAAUUAUAUCCACUAGUGCAACAAGAUAUCGAAGAAAUGUACUUUAAGAGCCCGGAUCGUAUCCUGAAAGAUGUUCAAAACUGUUCUAAUCACUCGUUCCCAAUAUCCACAAUUCCAGAAUGCCCCGUUGGAUCCGUACGUGCUUCAGAGCGAAUGGGAUCAGAAACACUGGACUCCGGUCACGACCCAGAGUCAGAGCGCCGUCCGUGCGAACACUCAGGUAGGGCACAACGAAUUGAAAGACAAUAUUAUAGAAGCUGAGAUUUUCAGAUCAAGAACUGGGCGAAGCAGCUCAAGACGGACGACGUGGCUCCGCUUCCAAUGAUGAACGCGGUAAGUCCCUGAAAGUUGUUCAAAAUCUUCUUGUGAAUAACUUAGCAGUUGAAAACCUUACUUCAAAUUUCUUACUAAUCGAUUUAUGAGCCAAUUUUUGAACUGUAUACAGUAGGGCAAAAAAAUAUUGAAAAAACGUGCAUGUUUCUAAAUUGCAUAAUUUCAGAUGUUCUCGUCGGGUCCGCUCGUGCUUCACGAUGACUCGGACGGCAAGUGGGCCCCGGCCGUCAGGAAGAUCGAGAACACCGUCCCCAGUCAAGCUCAGGUAGGGCACAACAAAAAGAAGGAUAAUAUAAUACAAGUAGAUGGAUUUAGAUCAAGAACUGGACGAAGCACAACAAGACCGAGCCGAUUCCUCCGAUCAUUCCCGUUAGUCCAUCCACUUUUCAUAGAAGUCUCUUCAAUUCUCCAUUUCCAGAAGAUCUCGUCGACGCCAUCCUCCUCCGGUCGUUCGUCGCCGAUUGCGGCUGUCCGCACUCGCGGCGGGAAGAACACGAAGGCGUACAGAAAGAAGAUCUCCGUGAGUGUCUCUGAUCGGCCUGCAGCUUACAGUAAUCCUAUUCCAGAAGGAAGAGAAGGCGCAUCUGGUCGUCUUCCUCACCGACGAGGUGCUCAGGAUGCCGUUGAAGGCGGCGCUCGCCCACGUCAAAGCUGCUCAGGCGAGCGUCGUCGGAGGCCAUCGCGCCGAGGACUACCAGAUUCAGAACGCGUACCACUCCGAGAAGAAGAAGCGUCGUGGAGGAUAA